CGGCUGAGCUGCGCCUGCGCAACUCAUUGGCGCCAAGAUGGCGAUGGAGAUGAGGCUUCCAGUGGCUCGCAAGCCUCUUAGCGAGAGACUGGGCCGCGACACCAAGAAACAUCUAGUGGUGCCGGGGGAUACAAUCACUACGGACACGGGAUUCAUGCGGGGCCAUGGAACGUAUAUGGGAGAAGAGAAGCUCAUUGCAUCUGUUGCUGGCUCUGUGGAGAGAGUGAACAAGUUGAUCUGUGUGAAAGCUUUGAAAACCAGAUACAUUGGUGAAGUAGGAGACAUUGUAGUGGGACGAAUCACAGAGGUUCAACAGAAGAGGUGGAAGGUGGAGACCAACUCCAGGCUGGAUUCGGUCUUGCUGCUCUCGUCCAUGAACCUUCCUGGAGGAGAGCUGAGGAGAAGAUCUGCAGAAGAUGAGCUUGCAAUGAGAGGUUUCUUACAGGAAGGGGACCUUAUCAGUGCUGAGGUCCAGGCAGUGUUCUCUGAUGGAGCUGUCUCUCUGCACACGAGGAGUCUGAAAUAUGGAAAAACUCGCCCUUGGCAGGACGUGGACUUGAGCUGUCCUGCCAGGACCAGACGUGGAUUUGCACCCAGCUCCACCCAUCUCCUUACCUACCCGGAGGCACACAUCUCACAGCUAGGUCAGGGGGUUUUGGUCCAGGUUUCCCCCUCCCUGGUGAAACGGCAGAAGACCCACUUUCAUGAUUUGCCAUGUGGUGCCUCAGUGAUUCUCGGUAACAACGGCUUCAUCUGGAUUUACCCAACACCUGAGCACAAAGAAGAGGAAGCAGGGGGCUUCAUUGCAAACCUGGAGCCUGUCUCUCUUGCUGAUCGAGAGGUGAUAUCCCGGCUUCGGAACUGCAUCAUCUCGCUGGUAACUCAGAGGAUGAUGCUGUAUGAUACCAGCAUCCUGUACUGCUAUGAAGCAUCCCUUCCACAUCAGAUCAAAGACAUCUUAAAGCCAGAAAUAAUGGAGGAGAUUGUGAUGGAAACACGCCAGAGGCUUUUAGAACAGGAGGGAUAAGGAGGUGCUCCAGAAGCACAGGACUGUGGACCUUGCAGGAGUGAAGACUGUGAUGUGUGGUCCCCAUAUGUGGCUCAGCGAAGACUCGAGAGAUCAUCCCUUUGUCUGCAUUGAUGGCCCUGUGACUGCCUCCAGCCUACAGGCCUGCUUUCUCCUGUCCUAACACCAAGCCUGGGUGGCAGAUGAACAGUGCUUCCUUGGGUUGCCGGCUGAGUCCCAGCAUUAGGGAAUAGUUUCAGCUAUUUCAAAGUGCACAGUGUUCCAGUCGAAUGGACUCCCAUCCUGGAAUAAUAUGGAGAAUCCUUUGUCUUCCACUCACUGUCAUUCACAAGGCACAGUGCCCCAUGAAAUUGCCCCAGUAGAAAACAUGGCAUCCCUGACCUCCAAAUGGUCUGUUUUGGCCUCCAUUCCUAUAUCCUUUAAGUGACUGAGAAUGCAGCUGGUAAAGUUGGAAGAAUAAAGUUAACCAAGCAGGCCAGGUGCAGUGGCUCACAGCUGUAAUCCCAGCACUUUGGGAGGCCAAGGCGGGCAGAUCACCUGAGGUCAAUAGUUCGAGACCAGCCUGGCCGACAUGGUGAAACCCCAUCUCUACUAAAAAUACAAAAAAUUAGCCAGGUGUGGUGGUGUGCACCUGUAGUCCCAGCUAUUUGGGAGGCUGAGGUGGGAGAAUUGCUUGAACGUGGGAGGUGGAGGUUGCAGUGAGCUGAAAUCGCGUACCGCACUCCAGCCUGGGUGACAGAGCGAGACUAUUUCAAAAAAAAAAAAAAAGCAGCCUUUUGCUUGGUUGGAAUCUGAUUUUCUGUUGCAUAUUCCUUGUAGCCAUAGAUGUGAUUAUGUCCACACCAGGCUGCCUUAAUCUGUCCUGCUUGGAGAGUGACUUGUAAGAUGCUGAAUUAUUCAUGAUACUAGAGUGAAUGUUCUGGGUCCAUGUACUCAGAUAAACAUGAAGAAAAUAAGCUAAGAAAAAUGGACACUGGAAAAGCAAAGCUGUUUUCCUCCUAUAAUUGAAGUAGUGGUGCAUUAACUUGUGGAUAAUUCAGAGUUAAAAGAUAAAAAGAUGCCAGAGUUCUCGCUGAAGAGUGUGAGAAUUCCUGUGCAUUGUUUUUUCUGAUGACUAUCUAAAAAUGGUGCCCUGAUGUAGGUUUGGGGGAACAUUCUUAAAAAGGGUGCUAUGUGCCUGUAAUCUCAGCACUUUGGGAAGCUGAGUGGGCAGAUCACCUGAGGUCAGGAGUUCAAGACCAGCCCGGCCAAUAUAGUGAAACCUCGUCCCUACCAAAAAUACAAAAAUUAGCCGGGUGUGGUGGCACAAGCCUGUAUGUAGUCAGCUACUCAGGAGGCUGAGGCAUGAGAAUCACUUGAAUUCGGGAGGCGGAGGUUGCAGUGAGCUGAGAUCGCACCAUUGCACUUCAGCCUAGGUGACACAGUGAGACUGUCUCAAAAAAAAAAAAAAAAAAGGUGGCCGGACGUAGUGGCUCAUGCCUGUAAUCCCAGCACUUUGGGAGGCUGAGGUGGGUGGAUCACAAGGUCAGGAGAUUGAGACCAUCCUGGCUAACAUGGUGAAACCCCGUCUCUACUAAAAAUACAAAAAAACCAAACCAUAGCUGGGCAUGGUGGCUGGCAUCUGUAGUCUCUGCUACUUGGGAGGCUGAGGCAGGAGAAUGGCGUGAACCCAGGAGGCGGAGCUUGCAGUGAGCUGAGAUCGUGCCACUGCAUUCCAGCCUGGGUGACAGAGUGAGAUUGUCUCAAAAAAAAAAAGGGGGGGGACUAUAUGCAAGUGCUAUCUUCACAUAUGUGGCAAACUAUUUUUUGUUUGUUUGUUUGUUUUUGAGACUGUCGCUGUGUUGCUAGGCUGGAGUGCAGUGGCUCGAUCUCGGCUCACUGCAACCUCCACCUCCUGGGUUCAAGCAAUUCUGCCUCAGCCUCCCAAGUAGCUGGGACUACAGGCAUGCGCCACCACCACGCCCAGCUACUUUUUGUGUUUUUAGUAGAGAUGGUUUCACCAUGUUGACCAGACUGGUCUCGAUCUCUUGACCUCGUGAUCCACCUGCCUCGGCCUCCGAAAGUGUUGGGAUUACAGGUAUGAACCACUGCACCCAGCCAUAUUUUUUGAUAUUUAUAGAUGUCUUUUUUUUUUGUUUUUUUGAGACAGAGUCUUGCUCUGUCACCAGGUUGGAGUGCAGUGGCAUGAUCUCAGCUCACUGCAACCUCUGCCUCCUGGGUUUAAGCGAUUCUCCUGCCUCCCGAGCAGCUGGGAUUACAGGCACGUGCCACCACGCCCAAUUAAUUUUUGUAUUUUUAGUAGAGGUGGCAUUUUACCAUGUUGGCCAGGAUGGUUUCGAUCUCCUGACCUUGUGAUCCCCCCGCCUCAGCCUGCCAAAGUGCUGGGAUUACAGGUGUGAGCCACUGCGCCCAGCUAUAGAUGUCUUAAUAUCAUUGUUUUCUGUUGUUUUGUUCUGGGUAAUAAUGAGCUGAGGACAGCUGAGGAAGGGCUUGGCAGACAAAAUGCCUUCCGACAGAGCCCUAACUACUCCACGUAAACCUAGGACAGUCUCAAUGGUAAUAACUUUGAACGCUGCAUUUGAUAACUUUGAAAUACAACUUGGCUCUUUUUCAUUAAAUGGUAUGCUUCUCUAUAACAACACAAUAAACAACUUCUUACCUCACUUUUUUUUUUUGAGACAGGGUCUCACUCUGUCACCCAGGCUGGAGUGGGGUGGCAUGGAUCAUGGCUCACUGGAGCCUCUACCUCCCAGGCUCAAGUGAACGAACCUAUCUUAGCCUCCCGAGUAGCUGGGUCCACAGGCAUGUGACGUACCACCAUGCCUGGGCUUUUUUUUUUUUUUUGAUAGGGUCUUGCCCUGUCACCUAGGCUGGACUGCAGUAGCACAAUCACGUCUCAGCCUCCUGGUCUCAAGCAGUCUCCAACUUCAGCCUCCUGAGUAACUGGGACUACAGGUGUUGAGCCACCACAUCCAGCUAAUUGUUUUUGUUUUUUGUUUUUCGGUAGAGAUGAAGUCUCACUAUGUUGCCCAGGCUGGUCUUGAACUCCUGACCUCAAGCAACCCUCCUGCUGAAGCCAUCCUCCCACCUUAGCCUCCCAGAGUGUUGAGAUUACAGGCAUGAGCCACCACACCCUGCCUAUUUUUUUUUAUUUUUACAAAUUUUUUUGUUGUUGCCCAGGCUCAAGCGAUCCACCCACCUUUGCCUCCCAAAGUGCUGGGAUUAUGUGUGUGAGCCACAGCUCCUGGCCUCUUUUUUUUUUUCCUAUCCCAAGUUGUAUUACUAGUUUUGGGGAGUUUGCAGACAAUUGAAUAUUCUAUAGGCUGUGUUGCAGCUUUAGAUGGGUCGACCUGUCACGUUUUUGAGGUUAUCCAGGCUGUAUACCUCUGGAGAGAAGGGAAUGGCAAAGAGUGGGAGUCUGAGUCAAGUUUGGUUUUGUUUUUUUAAGAGACAAGCUCUCUGUAAUCCAGGCUGCAGUACACUGGCAUGAUCAUGGCUCACUACAGACUUGGGCUCAAACAAUCUUCCUGCCUCAGCCUCCUGAGUAGCUGGGUUUGGUUUUCCCCAGGGCCAUAUGUCAGCUUAUUUACCCUUCUCACUUGGUGUCUCCCAGUCUGCCAGCCUAUGCUGUUCAUCCAGUAUCUGCUGAAUGGUGAUUACCUGCUAAGUGGAACUAAUAGAAAAGUAUAUCUAAAAGCAAUUUUUGGUGAUUAUUUCCUUGCAGUGGCCCACUAGAGGGCGCCGUUGUUAAGUGUAAUUCCAGUAGGUGUUUUGUUUUUUGUUUUUUGUUUUUUUUCAAAAAAUGGAAUACACUGAAAUCUUUACAUGGUACUGAAUCCCUUUAGCAACGUGGGGGGUUGCUUUAACUGAAUCACUUUUAAUUAAAAUAUAUGAAGUUGAAGGGAUUUAUUCAAUAUUUGACAAUAUUACUCAAUAUUACUUUUUUUUUUGAGACAAAUUCUCGCCCUAUUCCCCAGGCUGGAGUGCAGUGACGGGAUGUCAGCUCACUGCAACCUCCGCCUCCCGGGUUCACCUGAUACUCUUGCCUCAGCUUCCUGCAUAGCUGGGACUACAGGCACCCACCACCACACCCAGCUAAUUUUGUUUGUUUUUCUGAGACGGAGUCUCACUCUGUCGCCCAGGCUGGAGUGCAGUGGUGUAAUCUGGGCUCACUGCAACCUCCACCUCCCGGGUUCAAGCGAUUCUCCUGCCUCAGCCUCUCGAGUACUGGAACUAUAGGCACAUGUCACCAUGCCCAGCUAAUUUUUUGUAUGUUUAGUAGAGACGAGGUUUCACUGUGUUAACCAGGAUGGUCUCUAUCUUCUGACCUCGUGAUCUGCCCGCCUCAGCCUCCCAAAGUACUGGGAUUACAGGAAUGAGCCACCGCGCCCAGCCGAAUUUUUAUAUUUUUAGUAGAGAUGGGGUUUCGCCAUGUUGGUCAGCCUGCUCUUGAACUCUUGAACUCAGGUGAUCUGCCUGCCUUGGCCUCCUAAAGUGUUGGGAUUACAGGUGUGAGCCACCGCAGCCAGCCAAGCAAUAUUUAUUUCUGAUUGUCAGGCAUUUGCCAGGCUUUGGAUUCUAGCUUUUAAGCCCUUAAAAGUAUUCAGGACCUAUGUUCUCAGGACCUCUUGAGACUGUGCCUUGGUUUUUUAAAAAAGUAUCAUUCUAUAGUAUUGUAUUGUGCAUCGGCCGGGUGCGGUGGCUCACACCUGUAAUCUCAGCACUGUGAGAGGCUGAGGUGGGCGGAUCACCUGAGGUCGGAAGUUCGAGAUCAGCCUGGCUAACGUGGUGAAACCCCAGCUCUACUAAAGAUACAAAAUGAGCUGGGCGUGGUGGUGGGUGCCUGUAAUCCCUCAGGAGGCUGAGGCAGGUGAAUCACUUGAACCUGGGAGGUGGAGGUUGCAAUGAUCCGGGAUUAUGCCACUGCACUCCAGCCUGGGUGACAGAGUGAGACUCUGUCUCCAAAAAAAUAAUAAUAAUAAUACAGUGCAUCUCUAGAAAAAAAUAUUAGAGUCUGGGCAUUGGGCAUGGGGCUCACCUAAAACGAGAAAAUGGCAAAGUGGAAAACUAGGGAUAAGGCUUUAGAUCAGGUGCAGUUGACCUCUGCUGUGACUCCCAGGAGGCACAGUCCCAAUCUUUGUGGAAAACCAAACGAGAUCUAGUUUGAUCCUCAUGAACCCUGUCUCUACAAAACAACAACAACAAAAAAUAUAGGUGUAGUGGCAUGUCCCUGUAGUCCCAGCUACUUGGGAGGCUGAGGCCAGAGGAUCACCAGAACCCAGAAAGUCGAGGCUGCAGUGAGCUGAGAUUGUGCCAGUGCACUCCAGCCUGGCCAACAGAGUAAGGCCCUGUCUUCAAACAAACAAACCAAAUUAAACAAAAAACCCAAAACCCUUGUAAAGUAAGCUAUGACCUCCAUUUACGGGUGAAGGAAUGAACUCAGAAUUAAAGGGACUUGAUGAAGCCCCUUUGCAAUUGUGAAUCAAUGUAGAUUUAAGCUCUAGGGAGGUGUCAUAAUGCAGUCCUUUAGAGGAUGGACUGGGC